CAAGACGUGCACGAGUACGAACUCUUAGUACAUGGUCCAAAUUGUAAAAAAGGUGGAUUUGGACUCCAAACGUCUUGUUAUGUUGAUAGCCAUGUGAUUCAAUAAUUGGUUUAGUCAUAUCAACACAUAAACCGCUUAAUUUUGUAUAAUGACAAGACGUGCACGAGUACGAACCUCAAUCUGUUUACUCCGGUGGAGGUUAGUCGCCCGCUGGGGACUCAGAUUGAGAGGGUCUGGAGACCUUUAGUCGAGACUGCAGAUGAUAGACCAAUAAUUACACAUGUUUCUACCCCUAUUCUUGAGCCGUUUGAGAUGUCGAUUCCCGUGUUUUAGGCCGAUUUCACGCUAGGUUAUUCUUGUUAGAUACCAAUGUUUGUUAAGACUUUAGUUUGUUUAUCUUUGUAGUCUCCAAAUGCUAGCUUGCACAUGUUGUCUUGUAGUGCAAAGCUUUGUCUAUUUAAACCCAAGUAUGAAUGAGAAACACCAAAGGCUUCUAGGGUUUCAUUUUCCUCAACUCACAUUUAUUGUUAUGGUAUCAGAGCCUCUAGAUCCUAGAAAAUGAGGCAGACAUUCCCGGGACCGUGGUGUGCACGCCAUGGAGGCCAGGUCUGGGCUCGAGCAGCAGGUGGCUGAGUUAGUGCAGACAUUGAAGCAGCCCAACAGUCUUAUCCCGGGCAGAGGUCUGGGCGGACCUCCCGUAGCUCAAUGUCAGUGGUGUGAGAGCUCGAAUCAUCUGGUGGAGGUAGGGAUGGCAACAAAACCCGAACCCACGGGUACCGACCCGACCCAACCCGGUCAACGCGGGUAAAAUCCGUGUUGACGGGUUUUGGGCCGGGUUUGGUUUUAAACCCGUUCACUAUUCAUCGGGUUGGGUUUGGGUUUAGGUAAACCCGACCCAUGGGUAUCCGCCUACACCCAUAUAAUUAAUUUUCUUGGUAUAUUUAAUAUUCUAAACAACUAAUCUUACUUAUGUAUGUGGAGACGUGUCUAUUUUUUCUUUUUAAUUGUGUAGAAUGAAGUUGAUGUUAUCUAGUGAGAGUGAAGAAACUUAAUUGAAAGGAAGAAACUUUCAAUUAAUCAUGUUAUUUAUGGAUAAUUUGUGAUUUGCUUCAAUUUUCUUGAGUUUUCUAGAUUAGUGUUGAACAAUUUGUAUAGUUUAUUUGUGAUUUGCUUGAAUUUUCUAGAAUUGUGUUUUAAAUAUGAAUAAUUUGAUAAUUUAUAUUGAGAGAAUGAUAUUUGAAUUUAAUUUUGAUAGGAACUUGUUAUUGUAAAUUUUUUACGACAAAAACCCGUGGGUACCCAUAAACCCGCGGAUACCCAGCGGGUUGGGUUGGGUUUGAGUUUUUCAAACCCGGUGGGUUUUACCCCUGGUUUUUUUCACGGAUAAACCCAUGGGUUUGGGUUUGGGUUUGGCAAAAUCCGACCCAUUGUCAUCCCUAGGUGGAGGACUGCCAGGCUAUGCGGGAAUCCUCUACACCCCAGGAGCAGUUGGCCUUCAUCGCCAAUGUGCGGCGCCUCGAUCCAUACAGUAACACAUACAAUGAGGGGUGGCGCCAGCAUCCCAAGCGAAUCCACCUUAUUAUACAAUUUGGACUCUUUACUAAGAGUUCGUACUCGUGCACGGCUUAUUAUUAUGACACAAUUAAGCGGUUUAUGUGUUUAUAUGACUAAAUCAAUCUUUGAAUCACAUGGAUAUCAACUUUACAAGACAUUUGGAGUGAGGUAGUGAUCUAAGUUUUAAAAUGUAACAAAUCCAGAAGUCAACUAAAACUAAACCUUGCCAAUUAAGAACCGUCUCUGUCGCCAUGAAACCCUGACAAAUUAUCCAUUCUUAAUCCUGUGCAGCGGCGGAUCUAGCACAUAAGAGAGCACUGGGCCGCAUUUGAAUAGAAUAUUAGAUACCAUAAACAAAAAUAUAUAAUAAUAUAGUUUUCAUUACAAUGCCAAUUAUAUAAGAAGGUAUUUUAAUUUAGCAAAUUCAUCAAUAAUAUAAUCUCCAUCCAUACUGAUAAUAUACUAUUUUUCAAAGAAAAUAGCUAAGUAAUCAACGAGAAAUUCAUCGCUCAUUUUGUUGCACAAAUCAAUGUUCAUGUUCCAUUGCUGAAAAUAUUCUCCUGAAACGGCUAGGUCAACACUAGACAAAUCAACCAACAAAUCAAUUUGUAUUGUGUGUCCAUCCCUGAUUCCUCUAGCUUCUCUAAUAAUUUUUCAAGAGAAGAAACUUCAUCUUCCUCACAUGAGUAGUGCAUUCUCCAAAGAAUGCAUCUCAUAGCCUUCAAAGUCUCGAGGCUCAAGUUUGUAAAUAUUUUCUUCAUCAAAACAUCAGAAAGAAAGGUUAGAAUCUAGUGCCCACUCAAUUGAGGCGAUCUAAAUGAUAACUCAACAAGUUUGUAAAUAUUUUCUUAAUCAAACGAAUGGAAAGAAAACCAGCUCGACGGGCUGGCGGAGAUAUCUACUCAAGUUUAUAAAUAUUUUCUUCAUCAAAACAUCAAAAAUAACGGUUAGAAUCUAGUGGCCACUCAAUUGACCUUUCUUCAAUCCCAUUUCCUAUUUCCCCUCCCCAGUCCCCACCCUCUGUUUCAUCUUAUUAUUCAAUUCAAAGCUCGUACCAAGUUGUGGAUAAAUCACAAAUGGCUUCCAUCCCUGACUUCUUCAGAACACUGAGGGAAAUCAAAAAGCAAAUUUUUUUAUAUGACACAUGCGUGCUUGUGAUCCAAUUUUGACUCGACCCUCCGAUUCCGCCCCUUUUCGUUUGUCCCCUUUUCAAACUUCUCUGCUCCUCGUCUCUCCAUAAAUGGUUCGAUUCAGGGCUGCUGUCAAUGGCCGGGAAGUUAGAAGCCGUUUCUUUCUGUUGGUCAUCUGGGUACUAGAAUGUGAGGAAUUCAGAGCUUUUCUUGUCCGUUUGCAGAGUGGAUUUGGUCUCUGUUCCCCACCUGAGUCGAGUCGUUCGGUUCGUAGAUAUACAGAGUGCAGACUGCAGGGAACUAAGUAUAGAGAGAAAUUAGAUGUGAAGUAGAGACCUUUAAGUAAUGGGUAGUUGAGAGAUCGGUGAUUGCUCGGAGAUUUUGCAGGUUUGCUCGUCACGGGAAGUCUCACAAGUUCGUUGUUUCUUUCUUCCGCCUUUUUUGUUUCUCUUUCUCACAAGAGAAGUGCUGCGGAGAAGUAAAAGCAGGAAAAGGGGGGAAACUUGUGGAAGGAAAAGAUCCAACCUUUCGCAUAGAUUUAUCUGGUUGAAGCAAUCUGGUCUUCUGGGUAUUAUAUAACAGUGAGCAAUGGAAGUCUAGGCACAGAGAAAAAAGAAGGGAAGUUUGUUUUUGGUCUUCUCUCCUUUGUUUUACAUCUUGGUUCUUCUCUCCUCCAUGGAUUAUUCUGGAGUAGUUGAAGUUACCAGGGAUAGAAAUGGGAUUGAGGAGAUUCUACUUCGCAACCCUCGAGGAGCCUCAACAAGGGUGAGCUUGUAUGGAGGACAGGUUCUUUCCUGGAGAACUGACCAAGGAGAAGAACUUCUCUUCACUAGCAGCAAGGCAAUAUUCAAGCCACCCAAUCCAGUUAGAGGAGGAAUCCCAAUAUGCUUCCCUCAGUUUGGCAAUCGAGGAGCUUUGGAGCAACAUGGAUUUGCUAGGAAGAAACUGUGGGUAGUUGAUGGCAACCCACCGCCAUUACAUCCCAAUGAUUCCUAUGGCAAAUCCUUCGUUGAUUUGCUCCUGAAACCAUCUGAAGAUGAUCUCAAGAUGUGGCCACACAGCUUCGAGUUCCGCCUGAGGGUAGCAAUAACAGCAGAAGGGAACCUAGCCAUGGUUUCGCGCAUCAGGAACAUCAACUGCAAGCCUUUCAGUUUCUCUAUUGCAUACCACACCUAUCUCUCCAUUUCAGACAUCAAUGAAGUGAGGGUGGAAGGAUUGGAAACUCUUGAUUACCUCGACAACCUUCUUCAAAGGGAACGAUUCACAGAACAAGGGGACGCCUUGACUUUUGAAUCCGAGGUGGACCGGGUUUAUCUGAGUUCAUCAGAUGUUAUUUCUGUGUUUGAUCACCAGAGCAAGAGAACAUUUCAAAUCAGAAAGAAAGGGCUCCCUGAUGUUGUGGUGUGGAACCCAUGGGAGAAGAAAGCAAAGGCAAUGGCAGAUCUCGGCGACGAAGAGUACAAGCAGAUGCUGUGUGUUGAUGGAGCUGCGAUCGAGAAGCCAAUCACGUUGAAGCCCGGUGAGGAAUGGACUGGCCGUUUAGAGCUCUCCCUCAUUCCUUCAAGUUGAUUGGUUAUGGUGGCCACCAUCAGAAACUCAUAUAAAGUAACCUUCUUUAUCUGAUUCAAACAAGUGAAGAAUGCAGAUAUGGACAGAGAUGGCCAAACUGAUAAACAGACCCUAAUUUUUUACAGACUUUGACCAUUCUUUGUACAAUGGUGUGGCAUUAUGACCAAUUUUAGGGGUCUGCUACUGUAGAAGAUAGAGGGAGAAGUGAAGAUUAUGAUUGUUGUUGUGUUCUUUUGGCCUAAUUGUAAGUGUAUAUACAAAUACAAUAUGGAUAUGAUCCUGAUUGCUGAGAUUAACAACAAAGUUUUAAUUUUUUG